GUAUCGUGUUGGCAUUUAUUGGCGUUGUAAUGUUCUUGUCUUAUAAUUUUAUAAUAUAAUAAGCAUUCACCGGCUCUUCCGGUACAAACCUAUCCACGAGUUGGAUUUGAAUGAAAUUCCAUGAAUUCUUUCUUAUAACAUUGUAUUGUACAUUACAUGUUAUACAGCUUAGCGUUAUGUCCGAGAGUGAGGUACCUUAGGCUAGGUACCUCUCAUGCACUAGGUUACCGAUUACAUGAGGACGUCACACACCAUCGCCAAAUGACGUCGAUUUCAUAAGGAAAACGGCAACAACAGCAACAACAGCAGCAGCAGCGUCCAUAAUGAAUAGUAGAUUAAUUUUAAAUCAUUAGUCUUUCUUCAUACCAAUCAGUAACUACCAAGAAAUCACUUACAAAUACCUUCCCUGCCGCAUCGCAUCACAUUAUAUUACGCACAGCUAGUGACCAACUUCAACUUCAGCCCUUGAUGGCUGCCCUGGACACGCCUUGGUUGUCACACAUGUCGACCCCGAAGCAUACUCCCCGCGGCGACGUCGACGGCCCAUCUACCCCUUCCGAUCCUCCCCCUACCUACGCCCCUCCUACCUAUGCAUCUUUUUCUACGGCGAACCUAUCCGCUGCAGCCUCCGCUGCGAAGCGGAGAUCAACUAUCCUAGUCCACCAGAAAUCGCCCCUGUUACUCGCUACGCCGCCUCAGAUUACCCGCGCUCUCGCAUACAGUCACCCAUUCCUUUUACCACUGAAUAAGCUCAUGGGGCUAUUAACUUGGACUACUGGCGAUCCGUGGGAGAGCUUUAUACUGCUUGCUAUUUUCUGGGCCGCUGUUCAAUAUGGCGACGUCAUUGUGCGAUUCGCCGGUCCCAUCGUUGUGGUCAUGGGUCUUGUAGCGGGUAUGUACGGGCGAAGGUAUAGCCCGUUAUCAAGUAGCGGCUGGGCCGAAUAUCCAAGUAUAGCGAAUAAGAAGGACAAAAAGACGUCUGGCGCAUCUGCCGGAGGUGCAGGAGGUUCCCACCAACGAAAUUCGAGCGAGCUUACUAGCACGAGGCAUCAGAAGACAUUGGAUGAGAUCGUCGACACCGUCAAGGUCUUUACCACCAGGUGUAAUAUUCUACUCGAACCCCUCCUCGAAAUGACCGAUUUCCUCUCUACCCAGCGAACCGCAACCAGUGCCACCACGAAACCGGCACUCACUACGUUAUUUGUUCGAAUACUGGCUGUUACACCUGCUUGGAUAAUCCUAACACUCCCGCCUCUAAGAAUAAUAACAACGAAGAGAGUAGUCUUAGUAUUCGGGACUUUAGUACUUACGUGGCACUCGAGGGUUUGUCGGGUAUCCAGGACACUACUUUGGCGAAGUGCGACUGUGCGAAAACUUGCAAGGCUGGUGACGGGAUUACAAUUUGAAGAACCUGCUAGAACGAAGCCCAAAGGCGCUGAUGGCAACGAUCUCCUCGCGACCACGACUACUAAGACGAAACUGCGACGCGAUACCACAAAGGCAUCACCGUCUGCUCUGACGGAAGCUUUGAAACGAGGCGGUCGCUCUGGGGCUAAAGACCCGGGCGUACGUUUUAGUUUCAUCAUCUACGAAAACCAGAGGCGUUGGCUGGGAUUAGGCUGGACCAAUAGCCUAUUCGCUUACGAACGUGCCGCGUGGACGGAUGAGCACAAUAACCAGGUCCCGCCCAAGGAUGAGUUUGAAUUACCAGAGGUAGAGGAUGGGCGUGCAAAGUGGAGAUGGGUCGAGGGAAGCAAAUGGAGAGUUGAUGGUGUACCUGAUAUGGAUGAGGCAGACUACGACACGGAUGCUGGAAAGAACGGGUGGAUUUUCUACGACAACAAGUGGCAGAACGGCCGUAGAGGCAAUGAUGGUUGGGGCCGUUGGACACGACGGCGAAAAUGGUAUCGCGACGCCGAGCUUGUUGAAAUUUCAGAUGAUGCAGGUUCUCCCCCACCACCUGAACUGCCGGCUCGUCCGGUUCCUGCUUCGGUACAUAAUUCAGAGAGAAUCGACACGGCAUCUGUCCUCUCAGCUUCUGUUCCAGAUACGUCUUCAAGUCCAGGAUCGAUUCGAGAUCGGUCAAAGGAAGAAGACGACGCGGUUUCGCUGCUCAGUACUUCGUCAAAAUCUGCCAGGUUUCGAUCGACCGCUCCUCAGUUGCGUCGAAGAACUACAGGCGGCACGCAUAGAUCUAGGCGCACAAGCGAAGCCGCUAGUUUACGUUCGAAUGAAGAUGAAGGCAGCUUAACUCCAGCUCUCGAGCUAGAGAUUCAAGGGCACCAAAGAGACCAGGGCCAAUGGGGUAUCGGGGAUGAGGCUCAAAUGGGAUUAGAAUGAGACGCUUCAACGAUGAUUUAAACACUCUUUGUAUUAUGGUCAGGAACGGUUAUUAGUGAGUAGCAUUGGGAGGGCGUUCUUGGUAGAUACCAGUGGCACGGGGACUUUGUAUAUAUACCUCCUAGGUAUUUGUUUCAGUUAUUGGUUCCUUGGUCCCUGGAAAAGCGCGGGUUUAAAGAGCGAAGAUCCAAUUGAAGGGACGAUGCUUGGUUCAAAUGUCGAUGAAUUCAGAAGUUUAAACAUUUUUGAGUCGGUAACUUUCUUUAG